AUGAGUGCAUAUCAUCCUAAUGUCCUGCCGUAUGAUCAUCUCAUUCGUGCAUGCAUGUGUGCAUGAGCAUAUAUCACAUUGCUCGCCAUCUUCGAUAUUCUCAUCAUCCUGAUUUUCUCCCAAGAUUGAAUGCAUGGAAAAUGCAGGAGAAAGCGCAACGACCAGCAGUUACGUUUUGAUUCAGUUCUCACUCUAGAGUUAAUCUUUUCACCUGAUUUAAAUUUCAGAUGACUCUAGACUUAUAGGCGCGUCCUUCCACAGAGCAGAUUGGCGUUUGGUUGAGUUGAGGCUCUGCUUAAUUCGUGCAAAGUAGGCCAAUCCUAUCAACAAGUGGUAUCAGAGCCAGUACCUAUCUUUGCGAUGACGAAUCAUGGUCAUUUCUCAACCAAUGUCUACGAGUAAGACCUGUUUCGAGUAGCCCAGGUUGCGAGCUUUCCAACGAGCCUAUUUUUAGGUCUUUAUGCAAAGGCGUGUGUUCGUGGCGGCGUUUCUUGUAAAGCUGAACAUUCUGCCAGAAUUCUGCCAGAUUCGGUUUGUUACGAUUUCUUCAUUUCUAGAGCUAGCAGAUGCCGAAUAGAGGCUCUGUAGGUGCUGAGGGCGAGAUGGCACGUGGAGUUAGAGAUAGGGAGCAAGGGGGAGCUGCUGGUGAUGGUGCUGGAGCUUCACAACCGAGGGGAGAAGCCCAACAGCCUUCACUACCCACGUUAUCUACUCCAUCUCCACCAUCCAACCCUACCGUGGAUCCUAUGAAGGCUUUCUCAAUUGAGAAGUUCAUAGGGGAGGGAUUUGAGCACUGGAGCUUUCGAAUGCGUCUCAUGUUUACGCAUUAUCAUCUGCUAGAGCUCGUGGAGGGAAGAGAGAAGGUACCGGAGAACGCGGAUGACCGUGGCUCAUGGAUAAAACGCUCGUUCGAUACGUACAUGCUCUUGGUGCAAGCGGUUGGAGGGCGCCAGUUGGAUCACAUCAAGGAGCUGCUUGGAGAUCCCGAGUGUGGACCAAAGGCAUGGAAGAAGCUGCAAGAUAUCCACUCACCAACUCACGUGACCGGCAUUGUGCUAUUGGCGCGUCGAUUGCGCGACAUCAAAUUCGUGGAUGGAGAGCCAAUGCAACCGGUUUUGGAUGAGAUGCGGGAUAUCUUCUCCAAAUUGCAAGCAGGAGGAUUGGUCUACCCUGAGCUCGUGCAGUGUGUGGAGAUUGUCAUCAGAUUGCCGGAGUCUUGGUCUGCUCUUGCUAUCAACCUCAACUCUCAGCAAUCCCAGUGGAGCUUGGAGUACAUUCGCGCACGGAUCUUGGAGGAAGAUCUACGGCGACAGAGUGUGGAUCGCUCGGGGGAUGCUGCUGGUUAUGGAGUUGGAGGAGGGAGGAGUGGCUUUAAGAAGAAGUGGAAGGGCAAGAAGAAUGACAACUCUCAGGAGGAGAGUACUGGAGGUCAAGACAGGAGCCAAGGAGAUGUAUGCUUCUAUUGCAAGAAGCGCGGUCAUCGCUGGAGAAAGUGCUAUCAACGGCCUAAGGACUGGACCCCACCUUCAUGGACCAAUCAGCAAGGAGGCAAACGGAGUGGGGGAGUUAUGGGAGCUGGUGGAGAGGAGGACGAGGAGGAGAAAGGCGGCAAAGUGGGUGAGCGGCGGCCCGGUUUCUUCUUCUUUGUGAACGAGGGUGCUGCGGAUCCAGCAAUGGCUGCCAAGGUUCUUCUACAUCCACUAUCUCAUUGGGUCAUUGAUUCUGGAAGCUCCUGGCACAUGACUCCUCGUGUGGACCUGCUUGAUGAGAUUCAGCCAGCACCAAUCGCUACUGUCACAUCCGCUACAGGAGCCAAGGCUAAAGUGAUGGGCAUGGGGCGUGCCAUGUUUGUGGGUGCGGAUGGUGAGUUGGUGGGCUUGAAGGAGGUGCUUUGGGUACCAGAUUUGUGCGCGAAUCUGAUUUCCACCGGCCGUUUGGGAGAUGCGGGCGUGAACACUGAAACCAUCGGCUCAGAGCGCUAUCGUGCUUAUAAGGAGAGCCGACUCAUUUGGGACCUGCAGCAUAAUGGGGGAGUCCACCGGCGCAUGUGGCAGAUUCCCGUGCUCCCAUGGCCUAAAGGGAAUGAGCCAGCAGCAGCAGCAGCAGUUGAAGGAGCCAUGGAUGAUGAAGAUCAUGAGGAGUGUGAUGAGGGGCUGAUUGCGGCGGCUGGAGCAAGUGCGGCUGUCAAGGCAUCGGCAACCUCUGGACAAGCCUCUUGGGAGACAUGGCAUAGACGUCUUGCACAUGUGGCUGUUUCUACAUUGGAGGUGAUGGCGAGAGAGCAGAGUGUGCAAGGGCUUCGUCUGCAUGGAGGCAAUGCUGAUUCUCGUGACUGCGAGGUGUGCAUGCAAAGUAAAUUUGCACGUUUUCCCUUUCAUAGAGUGGAUGGUUCUGCCAAGGCACCAUUGGAAGUGGUGCAUAUGGAUCUGGUGGGUCCGAUGCGGACUGAGGGCAUUGGUGGAGCCUUGUAUUUCCUAACUCUGGUGGAUGACUGGAGCAGAUUUACAUGGGUGCGACCUUUGUCAAAGAAGAGUGAUGCGGCAGCGGCAAUCAAGGAGGAUUGGUUGCCAAUGGUUGAAAGGCAGUCUCAACGGUUGGUGAAGGUGCUGAGGAGUGAUCGUGGUGGCGAGUUCCUAGGAGCAGAUUUCAAUGCUUGGCUCAAGAAGAACGGCAUUCGACACCAACUGACCUGCCCUGGAACACCACAGCAAAAUGGCAUUGCUGAACGAGCCAACAGAACCAUUGGUGAGGCGGCCAAGGCAUUGUUGAGGGAUGCUGGACUUCCCUACAAGUUCUGGCCUGAAGCUGUUCGCCAAGUGGUGACUGUCAAAAACAGAGUCUUGAUGUAUGUUGGCGAGCAGCAUUGGGUGCCCUAUGAGCGUUGGCUUGGGAAGAAGCCGCUUGUAGAUAUGCUGCGGGUGUGGGGCUGCAUGGGGCUUGUGAUGGUGCCAAAGGAGCAAAGGCACAAGCUUGAGGUUGCUGCAGUGUGGGCCGUCCAUCUUGGGAUGGCCCCCGACUCCAAAGGGUGGCUGAUGUGGGACCCGAGGAGUAAGAAGACCAUUGUGAGCCGCGACGUCAAGUUUGUGGAAAAUGUGAUGUACAACGACUGGCAGCAGCAACAGCAAGUUCAGAUUGGACUGCGGCUGCAAGAGCUCCAGAGGUCAGCUGUGGAGGAGGUUCAGCCGCACCUUGAUGAUCGCCCUGGGUCAGAGCUGACCAGUGACCACAGUGGUGGUGUCGAGCAGCCCACUGUUGGAGAUGAGCCUGAGGAGGGGCUCGAGGAUGAGUCAACGCGUGUGGACUCACCAUCAGUGCCUAUGACUUCUCCACCAGCUAGGGUCAUUAAGAGGAGUGCACAGCGAGGCGCGUCAACGCAAAUGCAGCAGAGUACAACUCGUGAGAAGAGGGCAGCAGCGCCACCUUCAAGGCUAGGGUAUAGCCGCUUGGGAGGACCUAAGCAAGGUGCGAUGGCGGUUCAGGCGGAUGAGAGUGAUGAUGAGGAGAGUGCUUUCUGCUUCUUCACCACUCUACCUAGUGAUCCAGCCACACUACAUGAGGCAUGGACUGGCCCUCUGAAGGCAAAAUGGAAGCCUUCAACUGAUGAGGAGUUCAACAGUCUCAUUGAGAAUGAGACAUGGGAUCUUGUGAAUCUACCAAAGGGGCGACGAGCCAUCGGCAAUAAGUGGGUCUUUAGGACUAAGACCGGAGCUGAUGGUGAAGUGGAGCGGUACAAGAGCCGUUUGGUUGCCAAAGGGUUUGAGCAGAAGGAGAAGGAGGAUUACAAGGAAGUGUUUGCACCUGUUGCUAAAACAGGAACCUUGAAGACCUUGCUGGCCAUUGCUGCUGUGAAAGGUUGGAGUGUGAAGCAGAUGGAUAUCAUCACUGCAUUCCUGAAUGGGGUGGUGGUGGAAGACAUAUAUAUGGAGCAGCCAGUUGGAUAUGAAGAUGGGACUGGCAGAGUGUGCAAGCUUAAGAAGGCAAUCUAUGGACUUAAGCAAGCUCCAAGGUGCUGGUAUGAGAAGCUAGCGGAAGUGCUCCUUGCUGGAGGCUUCAACACCUCUCAAGCUGACCACAGCUUGUUUCUGCUUGGUGAGGGGGAGCAGCAGUUGUGCUUGCUUAUCUAUGUAGAUGACAUCUUGCUGUUCUCCCCAUCCAUGGAGCAGAUUGAGAGGACCCAAAAGCUGUUGAUGGACAGCUUCAAGUGCAAGAUGCUUGGGGAUGUGCAUUACUACUUGGGGCUGCAGAUUGAGAGGGAUGUGGAAAAGAGGUGGCUGAAGAUGCACCAGCACAAGUACAUCUCUGGAGUGGUGCAGCGGUAUGGCAUUCUUGAGGGUCGUACUGUGAGGACACCUCUCCCUGCAGACUUCAAGCUGAGGAAGGCCACUGAAGACGAUGUGGUACUUGAGGAGGAGGAGAUGAAGGAGUACCAUUCUCUGAUCGGGAGUGUCAUGUAUGCAGCAGUGCAGACAAGACUCGAUGCUUCUUUUGGAGUGGGUCAGCUUGCGAGGGUUGUGCAACAACCCACUGCUGAACACUUGGAGGUUGCAAGGAGAAUGGUACGCUACCUUGGAUCUACAACAUCUGCUGGAGUUCAGUUUUCUAUGGCUGGACAACUGAAGCAACCUGAAGCUGAAGGGGUGAAGCCUGGAUCUUUGAAGCUUACAUGCUUUACCGAUGCAACAUGGGCCUCCGAGGAUGAAGACUGCUCAUCCAUUGGAGGCUUUGUUUGCAUGAUUGGAGGAGGUCCAGUAAGCUGGAGGUCAAAGAAACAAAGUGAGAUCGCUCAGUCUUCAGCAAAGGCGGAAUAUAUGGCUUUGUACCAUGGAAUUAAGGAGAUCGUGUCCCUGCGGAAGCUGUUGGAAGAUAUUGGCGAGAAGCAGGAUGGCCCUACGCCACUAUUCACAAACAGCAAGGGUGCUAUUGGGAUGGCCACUAAUCCGAUCCUGAAUGGCCUCAAUAAGCACAUGAAAAUCAAGUGGCACUGGGUGUGGCAGAUGGUGAAGGAAGGGGUUGUGGAACUUCACCAUGUGAAGGCAAGCAAGCAGGCGGCUGAUUUCCUAACGAAGCGUCUUCCUGAAGAUGCACACUGGAAAUGUGCUAAGAUGUGUGGAAUGGCAUUGCACUAGAUGUUCCAAUGUAUGAAUGUGAUGGCAUGGGCCUGGUUGGAUGAAAGAUCAUUUCCACAUGCAUGUGUGUGCAUUCCAUUAGUCUGAGGGGGAGUUUGUUAAUUGCACAUCAGCAUGAGUGCAUAUCAUCCUAAUGUCCUGCCGUAUGAUCAUCCUAUUCGUGCAUGCAUGUGUGCAUGAGCAUAUAUCACAUUGCUCGCCAUCUUCGAUAUUCUCAUCAUCCUGAUUUUCUCCCAAGGUUGAAUGCAUGGAAAAUGCAGGAGAAAGCGUGAGCAUUCCAACGACCCCAAGAUCACCCCAAUCCGACCGAUGAUGCCGAAGUUACAAGAAUUCCAAGAUUGGAAGUUCUAAUGACAAAUGCUAUACCUCGGGUGUCUCAUGGGUCUUAUAAUGGGGAUCUUGUGGUUAGAUGGUUGGGGAGAAAACUUUGACUUUUGGUUGGGGUGGCUUGGUUGCUACAAGCCAAAAUAUGCAAGUGUUGCAAAUGUUGCAACAUCUUGCCAAAUCCAAUCUCUUUGGA